CGUUGGGUUUGUCCGCAGCGCUAAUUACUUUUUCCAGAGGCUGCAGGCUUCACUCAGGCUGGCGCCGCCGCUCCGCUCGCUCCUUCUCCGCCGCCGCGGUCUGGGGCUGCUGGUCCCGAGUACCAUGUGUGACGGCGCCCUACUGCCUCCCUUGGUGCUGCCCUUGCUGCUGCUGCUGGUUUGGGGACUGGACCCGGGCACAGGUAGCGGCCCUCGCCAUGCGCACCGAGGCCUCUGCUUCUACUCGGGCCGCGUGCUGGGUCACCCCGGCUCUCUGGUCUCGCUCAGCGCCUGUGGAGCCGCCGGCGGCCUGGUGGGCCUCAUCCAGCUCGGGCAGGAGCAGGUGCAGAUCCAGCCCCUCAAUAACUCCGGAGGUCCGUUUAGUGGACGAGAGCAUCUGAUCAGGCGCAAAUGGUCUCUGAAACCCAGCCAGUCUGCCGAGACCCAGGUCCCUGGGCAGCUCUGCGAGGUGCUGACAGAGAAGAAGAUGCCCAGAGAGGCCAGGCCAGCCCGGCUGUGGCGGGAGCGGAGGAACGCCAUCCGGCUCACCAGCGAGCACACGGUGGAGACCCUGGUGGUGGCGGACGCCAACAUGGUGCAGUACCACGGGGCGGAGGCCGCUCAGAGGUUCAUCCUCACUGUCAUGAAUAUGGUAUACAAUAUGUUUCAGCACCAGAGCCUGGGAAUUAAAAUUAAUAUUCAGGUUACCAAGCUUGUCCUGCUACGACAGCGUCCCGCCAAGUUGUCCAUUGGGCACCACGGGGAGCGGUCCUUGGAGAGCUUCUGUCACUGGCAGAAUGAAGAAUAUGGAGGUGCGCGGUACCUCAGCAACAAUCAGGUCCCGGGGGGGAAGGAUGAUACACCCCCCGUGGAUGCUGCUGUGUUUGUGACCAGGACGGAUUUCUGCGUUCACAAAGAUGAGCCAUGUGACACUGUUGGAAUUGCUUACUUAGGAGGUGUGUGCAGUGCUAGGAGGAAAUGUGUGCUUGCCGAAGACAAUGGUCUCAAUCUGGCCUUUACCAUCGCUCACGAGCUGGGCCACAACCUGGGGAUGAACCACGAUGAUGAUCACUCGUCCUGUGCUGGCCGGUCCCACAUUAUGUCAGGAGAGUGGGUGAAAGGCCGUAAUCCCAGCGACCUCUCUUGGUCCACCUGCAGUCGAGAUGACCUUGAAAACUUCCUCAAGUCCAAAGUCAGCACCUGCUUGCUGGUCACUGACCCCAGGAGCCAGCACGCAAUACGCCUCUCUCACAAGCUUCCCGGCAUGCACUACAGCGCGGACGAGCAGUGCCAGAUCCUAUUUGGCACCAACGCCACGUUCUGCAAAAACAUGGAGCAUCUGAUGUGCGCUGGACUGUGGUGCCUGGUAGAAGGAGACACGUCCUGCAAGACCAAGCUGGACCCGCCCCUGGAUGGCACCGAGUGUGGGGCAGACAAGUGGUGUCGCGCAGGGGAGUGCGUGAGCAAGACCCCCAUCCCAGAGCACGUGGACGGAGACUGGAGCGCGUGGGGCGGCUGGAGCAUGUGCAGCCGGACGUGUGGGACCGGAGCGCGCUUCCGGCAGAGGAAAUGCGACAACCCCCCCCCUGGGCCUGGAGGCACACACUGCUUGGGUGCCAGUGUGGAGCAUGCAGUCUGUGAGAACCUUCCCUGCCCCAAGGGUCUGCCCAGCUUCCGGGACCAGCAGUGCCAGGCGCAUGAACGACUAAGUGGCAAGAAGGGCCUGUUGACAGCAGUGGUGGUUGAUGAUAAGCCUUGUGAGCUGUACUGCUCACCCCUCGGGAAGGAGUCACCCCUGCUGGUGGCCGAUAGGGUCCUGGAUGGCACACCCUGCGGACCCUAUGAGACAGACCUCUGUGUGCAUGGCAGGUGCGAGAAAAUCGGCUGUGAUGGCAUCAUCGGGUCUGCGGCCAAGGAAGACCGGUGUGGUGUCUGCAGUGGGGAUGGCAAGACUUGCCGCGUGGUGAAGGGUGACUUCAGCCACUCGCGGGGGACUGGUUAUAUCGAAGCUGCUAUUAUUCCUGCUGGAGCUCGGAGGAUCCGCGUGGUAGAAGAUAAACCAGCGCACAGUUUUCUGGCUCUCAAAGACUCCGGUAAGAGAUCCAUCAACAGCGACUGGAAGAUCGAGCUCCCUGGAGAGUUCCAGAUUGCAGGCACAACCGUCCGCUAUGUGAGACGGGGCCUGUGGGAGAAGAUUUCUGCCAAGGGACCAACCAAAACUCCACUGCAUCUGAUGGUGCUGUUAUUUCAUGACCAGAAUUAUGAAAUUCAUUAUGAGUACACCAUCCCUGUGAACUCCACUGCUGAAAAUCAAAGUGAACCUGCAAAGCCACAGGAUGCCUUGUUCCUCUGGACCCACAGCAGCUGGGAAGGGUGUAGUGUGCAGUGCGGAGGAGGAGAACGCAGAACCAUCGUGUCGUGCACCCGGAUUGUUAACAAAACUACAACUCUAGUGAACGAGAGUGACUGUCCUCAAGCAAGCCGCCCUGAGCCCCAGGUCCGAAGGUGCAACUCACACCCAUGCCAGUCACGGUGGGUGGCAGGCCUGUGGAGCCCCUGCUCGGCAACCUGUGAGAAGGGCAUCCAGCAUCGGGAGGUGACCUGUGUGUACCAGCUACAGAAUGGCACGCAUGUUGCUACACGUCCCCUCUACUGCCCGGGUCCCCGGCCAACGCCAGUGCAGAGCUGUGAAGGCCAGGACUGUCUGUCCAUCUGGGAGGCAUCCGAGUGGUCACAGUGCUCCGCCAGCUGUGGUAAAGGGACGCAGAAGCGAACCGUGACGUGCACCAACUCCCAAGGGAAAUGCGACGCAUCCACGAGGCCCAAAGACGAGGAGCCGUGCGAAGACUACUCGGGCUGCUACGAGUGGAAGACGGGGGAUUGGUCGAAGUGCUCGUCCACCUGCGGGAAGGGGCUGCAGUCCCGUGUGGUGCAGUGCAUGCACAAGGUCACUGGGCGUCACGGCAGCGAGUGUCCCACCCUCUCGAAGCCUGCAGCCUACAGACAGUGUCACCAGGAGGUGUGCAAUGACAAGAUCAACGUGAACACCAUCACCUCCCCUCGCCUCGCUGCACUGACCUACAAAUGCACACGGGACCAGUGGACAGUGUAUUGCCGGGUCAUCCGAGAAAAGAACCUCUGCCAGGACAUGCGGUGGUACCAGCGCUGCUGCCAGACCUGUAGGGACUUCUAUGCCAACAAGAUGCGCCAGCCGCCUGCGCCACCAAGCUCAUGACGCAUGGCUCGGUAGGUGCUGCACACUCAGCCUGGAGGUCUACAGCGGGCGUCGGUGAGCAGAAAGCACAUCAGCCCUGUGGCCAGGCUCCCAAAGUACACCCCGUGGGGACGCCCCAAGAAUCCAGCUCCUUAGAAUUUGAGAGUGGACUUAGCAGUGCCCUUAGUACUUAAUAUAUGGUUAACAGCCACUGGAUGGCUUUCUGCAGCAAGGAGAAAAUAGGCAUGAGUCUCAAAAUAAUUGUAAUUUCUAAGAUGCAUGUACCUCAAAGAGGAACCCCCUGGCAGACAGUUGUCAGAAGAAAGAGUUUGGUCCUCCUGCCCUGGGGGCGUGUCCUGAAAACAAGACACUGUAAGUCCAAAGAGGCUUUAUUCCGAAAGCCGGCAGCUCCUGGGAUGGAAGAAGAGAUGGCAGCAGGCCUCUGCUGUGCUGCUCUGGGUAGGGCUGGACUGCCAGGGCCGACAUUCCUUUUAAUCUACCUUCCUGACACCACCAUUCUGCCUCUGUGCCCAUCUGCAAGAACAUACAUAUAUUCUCAAAAUUCUGGGUCUUGCCUUGCAAAUCUCAUCCCUGAGAAUUUACAUCUGCAUAGACCAACGAGAAUGCCAGCACUACCACGUCGGUCUCCACACCACGCCUAGGGAAGAACAUUCCAGAAGGUCUGGGAGGCAUCUAUGUAGCAGAGCUCUCCACUACCUAGGGAAGCAGAAGAGCCUCUCUUCAAGGUGCCGUGAAAGGAGAGAUGUGCUAAUUGGGCCAUAGGACUGCUUCCUAACACAGUGGAGCUCGGCACAGCUUGGGCGGGGGAAGCAGCCCUCACGUUCUGUCUCGGGGGGCACCCACCCCAGCCAGCACCCCACAAAGCUUUACACCUCAGACACUGCAUCACAGCCCAGUAGCUCACCGAGGACCUGGGCCUUUUCUCUGAAGAUUACGUUCAGGACCUCUAAGGACACUGCUCAGACGUGGGAUCUGCAGGGGAAGGCUCAGCGGAGGGACACCGCCUGCUGGAAUGGCUGCUCGCCCACCGUGCCUCCCCCAGCCCAGCCCCAUGGUACCUGUUACCAUGGCUGUCACUUGUGACCCUUUUCUUGGUGAGGCAAAGAAGUUCUUACUCACAUCCCCUCAUCCCAGAGCUCCUGCACCUCCAGAAGGCCAGAGAAAUGACCAGAGAGGCCUGUGGAGAGCAUAGGCUGCCCAGGAGCCUGGCCAGGAGGAAGCGGGAUCCCUGGAGUCCUGUCUUGCUCACCACCCUGGUGGGCGUUUCAUGGGUGCUUUUGUUCUGAGACUUUACCUGGAGAAACACACUUUCUCCUCCCUCAUUUCGGAGAGGGGCUCUUCCUUGGGUCAAUGCCAUGGGAUGGCCUCCAGGUGCUUCCUGAUUUAUUGGUGCUGUUUGUUUUGGCUUUUUUUUUAAUACCAUCCCAUAGCAGAAAAGUGGGAGGAAUGGCCGGGCAUUGAUUUGGUUCCACUUGCACGGAUGAGUACUGAGAACACUCCUCGGGUGCUCUCUGGAGUAAGCCGAGAGAAUGUCAAGAGGGAGGCCGUACCACCUGCAGGGCAUCCCACCAGCUCACGCCCCAGGGCCGAUGCCAAACGCUGCUCCUGGCAGACUCCCCAAACCUGCUCCCACUACACCCUCAAAUUCUGGGGAGCCAGGGGAAGUCAGUUUUCUCCCUACCCAGGAUAUGCUGUUCAUUUACCAAGAGACAGUGGCAUUUUAGAGCCACGUAGCAGAGCUGGGACAGCCAUAGCCCCUUCCUGGCUCAGUCUACAGAGGUCCACCCAAGGGGAGCAAGGACAGGCCUCCCUGACUGGACCUGCCUGGCAGGGGCCCCACACCCUCAGAGUGAACACAGUUCUGUUAUCAGACACCCUGUGGUUCUCCAAAGCCCACAUCCUUCAGCCCAUUAGUCACUCAACCCCACCAGCUCACCUCUGUUACUGGCACAAGCUGCAACACUCAGCAUGACAUUCUCGCUCCGCUCUACGAUGUUUGUUAGCAAUACCCCACACUGUCAGUCCAGUACUGUCCCUUUGUGGUCACACAGAUGCGUCAGCAGUUAGCAUCUUGUGAUCCUACGGUGCUAUUUUCAUUGGUGCGAAUGAAACCCUCUUGGUUGACCAUGGCUCGAUAUCAGUGGAAGACCAGAAAGAUCCUCAGUGCCAAUAAUAUCAUUGCUCUCUCUUCUUUUCAUUGCAGAGUCAAAUGUAUAUAUUUUCCUUAGUUAACUGACAUUAUGUACUGUACCCAUGGUAUUUUUUGUUUUACUUUUUGGUGCUGGUUUUGAAAGAAAACAAAAAAAGGAGAUAAACAUUGGAUGCCAUUAUACAUGAAAAAUGAAUCAUUUCAUUGGAAGCACGUCGAACAUGUGUAAUAAAAUGUUUUUCCGUAAGUUUUAAGCUGUCUGUGAGGUAAAACAAAUGAAAGCCAGUCCUCAGGGGCUGAUAGGAGGGCCCAAGUCCCCCAGGCUGCAGGGUCCA